AUGGCACCGAUCGGAUUCGACAUGUCGGAUGAUCUCGACGAUUUGACCGGAUCCAACGCCAGCACCAGCAACGGUGGCGCUGCUGCCUCGCCAGCGUCGAUCCUGGUGCUUUCGUGCCAACAGGCCGCCGGCGACGGGUCUUACCAAUCACUGGUGCAGUCGCUGAUCCGACUCGGCAAGGGCCAGGUCGAGAUGCACAUGUUUGACCGUGUUGUCGAAGGAGGCGAGUCAUCUGUCAUCUGGAUUGCACUGGUCUGGGAGCGCUUUGAUCUUGGUGUGAACGGAUGACUGGUCAAUCUGGAAUCUGGGGUGCUCCGUCGUCGUCGUCGUCGUCGCGGCGGCUCGUCCGCUCGUGACUUCGCUGCUGCCGGCUGCUGGCCGGUUGGCGCGCGCGGGCCAGCCGGUCGGUGCGGUCGUAACGGAACGGAAACAGAAACAGAAACAGAUCAAAUCAGAUUGCGCACGAUUGGCUCGUCCCGGGCGCGCCUUCAUCGCAGCAUCCUCCCAAAGCGAUAUAGUGCUGACAAGUGCUCCUUGAUAUCUCUCCUAUAGCCACAACUCUCACACCAGCGCAAUACCACCACAUUUCGAUCCUCCUCCCUUCGACGCUCAUCACCCCGUCCCUACUAGGCUUGAUCGAACCUUCGCUCGCACCGGGCGGAGUACUCCAAGUCCAUGGUCAGGAAGCCGCCUCGUCCGAAUCGGUCGCCAACGAUCUCAAGGCGGUGCCCGCUUUCGCUGGUAACAUCGCGACCGAUCAGAAGGAUCCGACCGUGUUGUUGUGCUCCAAGCCGAUAGCCCCCUUGUCGGACCCCUCCUCGACAUCCGCACCCGCGGCUAGUUCCUCCGAUGCCCCCUCCUCCACCUCGGCACCUUCUUCCGUUGCUCUCCCCCUCCGAUCUUUUCGGGCCGCCAAAGCCGCCAAAGCUUCCCUCUGGGCCUUCACAUCCUCCAACGGAGCCGCGACACCGACCAUCGACGAAUCGACCCUUUUGACCCCCGAGGACCUCGAACGCCCUUCUUUGGUCGAGCGCGAGGAUUGCAACGUCAAGAAGACGCGCAAGGCAUGUAAGAACUGUUCGUGCGGGCUGAGGGAACUGUUGUUGCAGGAGAAGGACGAUUUGGGUGCGGCUGGCUUCGCGGAAGGGACGACGGGGGUGAAUGGGGCUGAUCCGGGGGUCGGAACUAUGGGCGUGAAUGUGACGAGCUCGUGUGGUAGUUGUUACCUCGGGGAUGCGUUCCGAUGCGCCAGCUGUCCCUAUUUGGGUGAGUGGCUGUGCGCGGGGUAAUUGAUUCCACGUACCGGAUGACGUUGCUGAUUGUCUUUCCGCCGCAUUCUCACAGGCAUGCCCGCUUUCGAGCCAGGACAAAAGGUCACGAUCGGCGGUCAUGAUGACAAGCCCAUCGCUUAA